AUGUCUCGCCAACUCAUUUCCAGCGAGAAAUUCCCUCCCAAGCCUCACAACUGCCCCGCCGUCAAAGUCCCUGGCCUCGUUUUCUGCGCCGGCCAAACAGCCACCGGAGAAAUCAAACAAGCAACCAGAAAGGUCCUCGAGAACCUCAAAGAAGUCCUCGAGCUAUCUGGUUCUUCUCUCGACAAAGUGGUCAAAUACAAUGUCUAUCUUGCAGAUAUGAAGGAUUUCGCGGCCAUGAAUGAAGUCUACAUUGAUUUCUUGCCGCAACCGAUGCCAUCGAGAUCUUGUCUUCAGGCUGUUCCUCCUGGCGAUGGAACUGUUAUUGAGAUUGAAUGUAUUGCGCAGGCUUAG